GCAUCAGUCCGUAGUAGUAGUAAUGAAGAAGGCAUAUAUUUUCAAGUUCUGAAUAAACAAACUUGUUCAUCAUCAUCUCUUCAAAUCAGUUCACUGUGAAAUUGAUUUGAAUCCGUUCUUGAUUUUUGAUUUAUGUGGAUAAUUCGAGAAAAAAAAAAAAGUAAGCAAUGAGGAACUCGAAGCUAUCAAAACCGAACAAGACUGAAAAUUUCGUAAUGUUCGUUUCUUUCAGCAAGAAGAGAUGGGUUCAGAUACUAAUGGUGGUUGGUCUACUACUGUACAUACUUCUAGUCACCACGCUCGAAAUCCCCGUCGUCUACAGAAACGGGUUCAAUACUUUAUCACAGGAUCGGUUGACCCGACCCGAGAAGCUCCUUAGCGAGUGGGAUUUGCAAGAGAGGCCAGCUCCGGGUCGUCCCUUCAGGAGCUUAAUCUACCGAGAAACGGAAUCGGAAGCGCCUGCUCGAGCUCUGGUUAGCUCAGAACUGAGAAGAACGGUACGGAUUAUAUCCGGGUUGAAUUAUGACCCGGAAAGAUUCGACCCGAGUAGUAAAAAUGAGUCCUUUGAGCUCCAUGAAUCGGCCAAGGUAGCUUGGGAAGUUGGUGGGAAGCUAUGGGAAGAGCUUGAAUCUGGGAAAACCUUGAAAGCUUUCAAGGAGGAGGAGGAGAAGAAGAAACAUGGCUCGAGUUCUUGCCCGCUCUCUGUUUCGUUAUCCGGGUCGGAUCUUUUGGCUCGUGGGAACCUCAUUGAGCUUCCUUGUGGGUUAGCUUUGGGAUCACACAUCACGUUGGUGGCGAAGCCACGCUAUGCUCACUCAGAGAUGGACCCGAAGAUAACAAUGUUGAAGGAAGAAGAUGAAGCUGUGAAGGUUUCACAGUUUAUGUUGGAGCUGCAGGGGUUGAAGGCAGUAGAAGGGGAAGAUCCACCUCGGAUUCUUCACUUUAAUCCAAGGCUUAAAGGUGAUUGGAGUGGUAAGCCUGUGAUUGAGCAGAACACUUGUUACAGGAUGCAGUGGAGCUCGGCUCAAAGAUGUGAAGGUUGGAGAUCUAGUGAUGAUGAAGAAACAGUUGAUGGUCAGGUUAAGUGUGAGAAAUGGGUUGGAGAAAAUGGUAUAUCUUCUAAAGAAGAGCAUAACAAGGCAACAUGGUGGCUUAGUCGGUUUAUACGUCGGAGUAAGAAAGUAACUGUAGAAUGGCCAUUUCCAUUCACUGAGGAGAAGCUCUUCGUGCUUACACUAACUGCUGGAUUGGAGGGUUAUCACGUUAGUGUUGAUGGGAGGCAUGUCACAUCCUUUCCUUUUCGAACUGGUUUUACACUUGAAGAUGCUACUGGUCUAACUGUUACUGGGGAUAUAGAUGUUGACUCUGUUUUUGCUGGCUCUCUCCCAACCUCGCACCCUAGUUUUGCUCCUCAGAGGUAUCUUGAGCUCUCAAGCAACUGGCAGGCCCCAUCAAUACAUGAUGAAGAAGUUGAAUUAUUCAUUGGUGUUCUUUCUGCGGGUAACCAUUUUGCUGAGCGGAUGGCCGUCAGGAAGUCUUGGAUGCAGCAUAAACUCAUCAAAUCUUCCAAAGUAGUUGCUCGGUUCUUUGUGGCAUUGCACUCGAGGAAGUCAGUCAAUGUGGAGCUAAAGAAGGAAGCUGAAUUAUUUGGGGACAUAGUUAUAGUACCUUACAUGGACAGCUAUGACCUGGUCGUUCUGAAAACUGUUGCAAUCUGCGAGUAUGGGGCUUAUCAGUUGGCGACCAAAUACGUUAUGAAGUGUGACGAUGACACAUUUGUCCGCAUAGAUGCGGUUCUCAGGGAAGCGAAGAAAACACCUACGGAUAGAAGCUUGUACGUUGGCAACAUCAAUUAUUAUCACAAGCCUCUUCGACAAGGGAAAUGGGCUGUUUCAUAUGAGGAAUGGCCUGAGGAAGAUUAUCCACCUUAUGCCAAUGGUCCUGGCUACAUACUGUCAAGAGAUAUCUCCCGCUUCAUCGUAAAGGAGUUUGAGCAACACAAACUAAGGUUAUUCAAAAUGGAAGACGUGAGCAUGGGAAUGUGGGUGGAACAAUUCAACAACAGCGUGAAGUCUGUGGAUUAUGUGCACAGCUUUAAAUUCUGCCAGUUUGGUUGCAUAGAGAAUUACUUAACAGCGCAUUACCAAUCGCCUAGACAGAUGAUCUGUUUGUGGGACAAAUUGGUCUUGACGGGUAAACCUCAUUGCUGCAACUUGAGAUGACACAACAUUGCGUUGUUUUGUUAUGUUUAUAUCGCUUGGUCGUGAGAAAAAGAAUUAUAUUUCCAAUGAGAACAGCUUUUGUUGCAUGAAAAUAAGCGCCUUUGCUGUUUUUGUGUAGUCAAUGAAUCCUUGUAAACAAUAAAAAAAUCAUUCAUUCACAUUCAUUUUUUCCCCUUUAUCAAAUAAUGCUAUUUUGAUUCUGAUA